CGCAUCUCAACUGACGGCGCCAUUUUUGAUUUCAAAACAUCUCUGAAAGCGAAACUUUUCAUAGGAUUUGUCCAUUAAAUUUCAAUUAAGGAAUUGAAAAGUUAAUACAUACUUCUGCCAAAAUGCCGACUGUACAAGAAGAGAUGAUGUCACCUCUACCCAAUAAUCACUUACCAUCCACACCAGCAUCAGACUUCAUUUCACCAACAACAAAACGUCAUCGUGGCUUUGCUGCUAAUCAGUCACCCAUGCUUCGUAAUGUACUGAUCAAUGAUGACGCUGAAGAACGAAAACAACGCAGACGUUCUAAGGUGCUUGAAAUGCAGAGAUCGUUAGAAAGUCCUGUUGCAACACCAGGAGAUAGGAGGCGUAUUUCUACAGAUACAAGUACUUUAAGUAAUGUACAAGUCACGGAACACUAUUCCAAUUGUAUAAAAUUAUCAGCAGAAAAUAAAAUUAAUGCCAAAAAUGCCUUUCACCUCCACUUAAUUGACUACAUGUCUGACUUGAUCAAAAAGAAGGAAAAAGACGGAGGAAUGACCAAUUUUCAGGUUGCGAGUUGUACAUUGGAUGCUAGUGCUAAGAUUUAUGCUGGUCGAGUUGAUUCCAUCCACGCUGAUGCAUACAAGAUGCUUGGUGGCUUGGGUAGAGAUAGUGACAAACGUACAGAGGGAGAUGGUCCUGGUGUGGGUGAUGAUGAUGAUGACGACGACCUACAGAAAAAAAAGAAACAUAAACGGAUGCGCAAGAAAAACACCAUAGAAACCAAUCUCAACAACAUCAAGGGAAAUCACCUGCAAAUGGAUUUUGAGGUGGAUCCAUUAUUUCAACAAACCUCAGCUGAAUUUGAUGAAGGUGGAACCUCAGGACUAUUAUUAAAUCAUCUGUGUUUCAAUGAUGAUGAAUGUCAGUUAUUACUAGAUUCCAACAGUAUUGCUAAUCUAUCUACUCUGACAUAUACUAAAGAUGAUGAAACAAGUCUUCUCAAUGUUUCCGAUAUCAAAGCUAUAUACAAGUCUCUCAAUUUUGAUAAACAAAUAUGUGCAGAGUUUGCUGGUUUUGAAUUUACUAACUGGAAUGACACAGACGAGGACACUAUGACUAACAUGUUAUCUAAGAUGAGUAAUCAUGAACAUGCCUUUGAUAUGACUGCAAUACCUGAACCUAUAGAUGACAUGUCAGCACAGGAUCUACCACCUGAUGUUGGUGGAUGUGAUUUCAGUGAUGAUGAGGACAUGGGUGGUGAUGGAUGCAUUCCAGGUGGUACUACAGAAAAUAUUAUUUUAAUGGCUGAUGAUAAAGAAGCGCAGAUGGCACAAAAUGCACAAAACAAGAUAAUAACAGAUGGUACGAUAGGAGAAUUAUGUUUACAGCUGGCAUCAGAACCUACGGAGUAUUCUUAUUUUAAUCUUGAUAUGUUAACCACAUGGGCCGGACCUGAACACUGGAAACUAAAGCCUAAACCCAGGGAUUCAUCAAGUCAUGUUUCUGACAAGAAAAGAAAAGACAGAAAGGCAUAUUUUAAGAUAGACUUUGAUGAAGAUAUUAAUUUUGAUAAGCUGUUCACUGUUACUAAGGUGACAACAACAUUGACAAAAACAACCGUUGAGAAGUGGCGAGAGACUGCUAUCACAUUGCCAGCUGAUCUGCAUUACAAUCCUGAUAAUUUAUUCCGGUUAUUUGGACAACCUAAAGUCAUGGUUAAAAGACAAGCUGAGACUGAAACAGAGAAUGAAUCACUGGAUGACGAUAUUGAGAAUUACAACUAUGAAAAUGAAAAUGACUGUAAUAAUUUCUGCCCAAGUGUUGAGGAUGAUGAUGAAAUUGAUGGUAUGAGUGCUGGAGGCAGUGACAUUAGUCAAAACACUAAUUUUCAAAAUAGUUUUGGUGUAAACGAGAGCGUCUUUGAUGCAUCAUUGUUACAGGGCGAUCAUCUCGUAGCACAACCACAUAAGGUUGCUAGAAUUGAUAUUCAGUAUGCCCGCACUGCCAAGAAGAUGGAUGUGAAAAAACUGAAGUACAGUAUGUGGAAUAUAUUAACCACUGCUGAAGAAACUGAAAAUACAGCAUUGAAUGGAAUGUCUGAAAAGACUUCAGUUGCUGGUAAACAGUCCUUUAAAGAUUUAUAUUCUGUUUUGCCGGCCAAAAUAUCCACAACUAUGGCAAAGAAUUUAUCCAUUCCAAUGUGCUUUGUUUGUCUUCUACACUUGGCAAAUGAAAAGACUUUGAAAAUUGAAGAUAUUGAAACGUUCUCUGAUCUCAUUAUUUCGCAAGAUUCUUUCUGA